UUCAAACAUGGCGUCCAGGUUGGAAAUUAAUUUUAUCAGGUUGUUGUCUCGCUGUGAAUCAAUCGCCUCUGAGAAACGAGGGGAGACGGAGUGGAGGUUAGAGAAGUAUGUUGGUGCCCUGGAGGAGAUGUUGGUGGCUCUGAGGAAAAGCCCGAGCAAACCCACACCAGAAGUCCUGACUGAGUACACAAGAAAAGUAGAUUUUCUGAAAGGACUCCUAGAGGCAGAGAAACUGUCUUCACCAACAGAAAAAGCUUUAGCCAAUCAGUUCCUCGCCCCCGGGCGAACACCCACGAUAGCCAAUGAGAGGAUGCCUGCCACUAAAACUGUCCACAUGCAGACGAAGGCCCGGUGUACAGGAGAGAUGAGGGAUGAGCUUCUCGGCACGGGUUUGUCAGGCAAAGGCACAUCGGAGACAGACUUGCGAAACAGAAGAGGUCUUCCUCUGGAUGAGCGUCAGUCUGCCGCAGAGCUGGACGCCGUCCUGCAGCAUCACCACAACCUGCAGGAGAAGCUGGCGGAGGACAUGCUCAACCUGGCCCGAAAUCUGAAGAACAACACAAUGGCAGCACAGAACAUCAUCAGACAGGACAACCAGACUCUGAGCCACUCCAUGCGCCAGGCAGACCUGAACUUUGAGAAGCUGAAGACGGAGUCGGAGCGAUUGGAGCAGCACACCAAGAAGUCUGUGAACUGGCUUCUGUGGCUGAUGCUCAUCCUGGUCUCCUUCACCUUUAUCAGCAUGAUCCUCUUCAUCAGAAUCUUCCCCAGACUCAGAUGAUGACUGUGUACAGUCCUGAACUGUUAGUCCCUCAUCCUCCUGUGUUUACAAGAGCAGUAGCUACAUAGGCCUCCAUAGAUCUACACAGCAUGUCUGCAUAUGUGAUACAGAUCAGUAGUGGUCCAAACCAAAACAACUCAGUCUGAUGGGCUGAAAAAGAUUGCACUUCUCAAACUGAAAUUCUUCCUCUAUAUGGUCUGAUGAAAGAAAGAUGCAGAAAGUGGUUUGUAGUAUCAGUAAUCAUUUUUUUUUAAACAGCACAGAAUAUGAAUGGAGGUAAGGAGCUACAUGGAGGGCCUUAGGGAGCAGCAACAUAGUCUUAAUACCCAGACAGCAGGGACUGAGCCUUAAUUAUUUUAAUCCCUCAUCAGGUCGGCUACCAGCCAUUCAGUACAUGUAUGCACUUUCUCACUUAGUGAGACUAAAGUCAAAGUCAGGUUUUUUAGAACAUUAUUUUUCACCAUGCAUAUAUCAGAGUAAGUUUAUGAACCGUCCACCAUCUACUGCACGUUGCCCUGGAAAUCCACGAUCUCAUCACUAUUUCAAAUAACUGAAAACUGAGUCCAAAACAAUCUGACUCAUAAAUAGCUAAAACCUACAACACUUUUCUUUAACCUCACUGUUUCGUAUUUAUAAGCACUAUAUGAAUAUUUAAUAACUGGUUUAUAACACACUGUAAUGUAGGUGUAAGGCAUUUUCAAUGUUUAUUAAUGUGCAGUAUUUGUCAACAAUUGUAACUUCUCAUCUGAAGAGGUAUUUCAUGAUAUUGUCAAUUAUUAUCUACUUAUUUAUCAGCCUCAACGUACGGGAGGACUUACAGUUGUUGAGAAAUACAUUCAUAAAAUUCUACAUCUCUUUACAACUACAUUAUAUUGUGUUAUAAACCAUUUAAGAAAUGUUUAUAUAAUGCAUAACACUAAAUGAUUGGGGUGAAAGUGAAGUGUUCCCAGUUAUUUCCCUAAAAUGAAAUAAUGCAAAUUACAAAACAGAUUUCAAGCAACAGUUUUUUCAUUUUUCAUCUGCUGGUAAAAGUUUUGGAAACAGUCUUUGUCGAGAGGUUGAGAUCUUUGAGCUGUUAGAUUUAAUUUAUUUCAUUGCUCUGCAUAUUUCCAUUAUCCUCAGUCCUGUUCUUUGUUUGAGAGUCUGCGUGUUUCGGAGGCUGACUCCAUAAAUGUACAUCAGGUGACGAUAUCUGUUGAUGUUGGUAAUGACUGCGGAGGCCGCUGAUGUUGAUAAAGUAAGACUUUGUUCUCAUUACAUACUGUAACCCCGUGUUCCAACCCCUUAUAAACAUUCAUAUAUCAUUUAGAGCUGCAGUUGUGUGUGUGUACAGGAUCACAACAAAGUAAAAUUAUUCAUCUCCUUUAAUUGUGUUCGAUUGAGUAAUAAUUGUGAGUACUGUAUGUGUGUUGUGGGAGCUGUUUGAGACCUUUAUCCAUAAACUCAAAUACCAAAUUGCGCCCUCUGUGCAGAAAUACCUAAUGAUGCAGUGACUUCAUGUGGCCAGUGUGUGUCAGUCAUGAUCUUACAAUAUGAGCACGUAAUGACCUCCAUGACCCUGAUGGCCUGAUCAAGCCAUGAAUCCUAAAUUAACCCCGCUACUCAUUUAGAAGUGAUCUGAGGAUUGAAGUAUGGCUAAAUAAAGGCAGCUGGCCACAAAAAAAGCACAUGACGACCAUAUGUGACUCUGGGUAAUCUGUGCAUUUGUCAGCUUUUGUUCUUCCUUAAUUUAGCCUGAUAACAUUAUUUUAUCAGUGAUUUAACACUGUAUUUUUCAUGCAAACUAACGCAAUGAAGAAGCUUCUCGCAUUCCUCCCGUGUUGUCAGUGUGACUGUCGUCUGAGGCCUGUGGAGCUGACUGGCUUGCCCAGGCUUGCAGCUCUGCCCCUGGCCCUUCCUCUCUCCCCUCUCCCUGCCCCGCCUGGCUGGGCUGAGGCUUGGCCCACCGUGUAUUUUAGGAUCCCUGGGGGGUAUUUUGCCUGCUGGAAGCCAAGGUAUGCAGGCCACCAGGAGACCAAAUGAGGUUGUGUCACUGCGGAGGAUCAUCAUCCCUCAGUUUAAUCACAGCUGUUUGCGCCUCCAUUCUCAGGCCUUUGCUAAUGCUCUGGCUGUGUGAUCUGCUCUCUGAGGCUGCAGCUCUCAGCUUUUGAACUGAAACUGAAGUACAUGACUUCAUCAGUGGUGCGGUUUCUCAUGUUCAUUAUGGUUGUAUUAUCCCAUUAAAUGAAAGAGACUGUUACCCAUUUGUGUUUUAGUUUCCCACAUACAACCCAGAGUCUGGGAUGUGUUAAGUACGAGUUCCUAUAUUCAGCAUAAAACUUCUGUGUGAGGCUCAUUAGUGGCACUUUUAACCUCUGACCCACUAAACCUGAAUGGGUUCCUUCCUGAAGUCUUUCUCCCACAGGACGAUCCAAAAAUAGUGAGGGCUGUGUGUGCAAAGCUGUUUUCCAAAAUUAGCUUAAUCAAUUUGCUACCAUUUUCUAAUAAGGCACCCUCUAUGGAGCCGUUAUAGGUUGUAACCAGCGGUGGAUACUUCUGCUCUUCUACGUUUAUUUGACAGAUUAUAGUCACAUUGACAAUCAUUUUCCAUUCAGAACUAAGGAUGAGCUAACAAAAUGUGCAUUGGUAUAGGUUAAAGUGUCUUAACAUUAAAAUUAGUUUCAUCACCAGCAUUAAGCAUUAAGAUGCUUCUCACACAGUAAUGCAUCAGUAAUAAUAAUCUGAUGAUAUUUAUCACUAUGACAGGCCAUCCUUUCAUCUAAUGACCACUUUUGGCACUAUUUUGUGACUGAUGCAGGGCAAUGCAGUAUUUUGUGUUGUGUGGUGUAUUGCUACUUAAGUUAAGAUCUCAAUAUUUCUUCUAAUAUGUGUUGUAAUUAAUGGUUA